CAGGACGCGACUACCGAUUCUACCACCACCACUCGACGCCAUGUCACUCCUCGACGAGCCGGUUCCACAAGAUGAUCAGAUGCGCGACAGAACGCGUGUAUUUGAGGAGUUUUUAACUUCAGACUCCCCGCACUUCAACUACAGGGAGGACAUCGGCCGGAUGCUUCGUGAAGACCGCAACCGCCUGAUCGUCAACGUCGACGACCUACGCGACUACCGACGCGACUUCGCGGAUGGGCUGCUCAAGCAACCUGUAGACUUCUUGCCCGCCUUUGAUGACGCUCUCCUGAACGUGAUCAAGCAAGUCUACGACACGGAAAAACACGAUAUUGAGGGCAAGACGUAUCACAUCGGACUCAGUGGGUCAUUCGGUGACCAUCAUGUGAGCCCGAGGACACUCUUGGCAAGUCACUUGGGCAAGAUGAUCUCUCUGGAGGGAAUCGUUACCCGGUGCUCUCUAGUGCGUCCCAAGAUGCUCAAAUCCGUCCACUACUGUCCGGACACCAAACUCUUCCACAUGCGCGAGUAUCGUGAUGCCACCACUUCCACAUCAAAUCUUCCCCCAACAUCUACUGUGACCCCACAGACCGAUGAUGAGGGGCACGAGCUUGUGACGGAGUUCGGCUACUGCGUCUUUCGGGACCACCAAAGGAUCAGUAUCCAAGAGAUGCCCGAGCGGGCACCAGCUGGCCAGCUCCCUCGAAGCACUGAUAUCAUCAUGGACGACGACUUGGUGGACAAAUGCAAGCCAGGUGAUCGGAUACAACUAGUAGGCGUAUACAGAAGCGUAGGUGGGGGUGCAUCAGGUGCAUUCAAAACGCUUAUCCUUGCCAACAACAUCAAUCUGCUCUCGUCUAAGGCUGGAGGCGGCAUUGCGCAAACGCACCUCACUGAUUCUGACAUCCGCCAGAUCAAUCAGCUUUCGAAGCGCAGCAAAAUCUUCGACCUCUUAUCCAGCUCGCUGGCUCCAUCUAUCUAUGGGCACGACUAUAUCAAAAAAGCCAUCCUUCUUCUACUCCUCGGAGGUGCUGAGAAGAACCUUCCAAACGGGACGCAUAUCCGUGGUGACAUCAACUUGCUCAUGGUUGGAGACCCGUCCACAGCAAAGUCUCAACUUUUGCGUUUCGUCCUGAACACUGCUCCGCUAGCUAUUGCGACGACAGGGCGAGGAAGCUCCGGUGUAGGUCUUACCGCAGCUGUUACUUCGGAUCGCGAGACCGGCGAGCGAAGGCUCGAAGCUGGUGCCAUGGUCCUAGCUGACCGUGGUGUAGUCUGUAUUGACGAGUUCGAUAAGAUGUCGGAUAUUGACCGAGUGGCCAUUCACGAAGUCAUGGAGCAGCAAACUGUUACCAUCGCCAAAGCGGGGAUCCAUACCAGUCUGAACGCGCGUUGCAGCGUCGUCGCUGCGGCUAACCCAAUUUAUGGACAGUACGAUGUACACAAAGACCCCCACAAGAACAUCGCGCUCCCUGACUCCCUUCUAUCCCGUUUCGAUCUCCUCUUCAUCGUUACCGACGAUGUCGACGAGACCCGAGAUCGUAUGAUUGCAGACCACGUUCUCCGAAUGCAUCGUUACCUUCCUCCAGGUGUGGAGGAAGGCACACCCAUCCAUGACUCGCUAGCCCAGCCGCUGUCUGUUGACAACCCCAGCUCUGGGCAAGCCGAAGCCGAGCAGGACAGCAGUCCAUUUGAAAAAUACGACCCACUGUUGCACAUCGGUGUAGCCGGGGCUCGUGCCACGAGGUCACGGAAAAAGGAGAAGAAAGUGGAGGUAUUGAACAUUCAAUUCGUCAAGAAGUAUAUUCAGUAUGCCAAGAGCAAGCCGGCACCGGUCUUGACCAAGGGUGCUGCAGACUACAUUGUGGAAGUCUAUGCUACUCUGAGGAACGAAGAGGCAGAAUCGAACAAGAAGAAGACGUCCCCGCUUACAGCGCGUACACUCGAGACCCUGAUUCGGUUAUCGACUGCUCACGCCAAAGCGCGGCUCUCAGCAAAGGUCGAGUUAGCUGACGCUGAAGUCGCAGAGGAAAUCAUCCGCUUCGCUCUCUACAAGGAGGUCCUCAAGCGUCGACGAAAGCACAAGAAGCGAAAGCUCAACACUGGGGCGGCUCGGGCCAAAGGACAGCGAGAGGGAAGCGACGACGAAGAAUCAGACGAAUCUGAAUCCGAUGAUGAAGGGUCACAAGGGCAGAGUACACGGAUGAGUAUGCCGCCUACGCAGCAGGGCCAGGCGCAAGCUGCCCCCGCCGCCCAGGAGAGCCAGGACCCUAUCUGGGGUGAAGAUAGUCAAGAUGCUCAGAUGGAAGUUGAGCAGCAGCAAGGCGGCCCUGCCGAAGACGGCGGUAUCCGGCCAGAACGAUUGAAACUGUUCCGUACCCGUUUGGCCAAUCUGUUCGCGACCAAUUUGCAAGACGAGGAGCAGAUUUUCCUAUCCGAUCUUUUGCCUAUGAUCAACGAAGGCCUUUCCACAGAUGCGCUAUUCGGGACGGGUGAGGCCACGCUGGCAUGUCAGGCAAUGACGGAGGCCAACGAGCUCAUGCUGAGCGAUGGCAUCGUUUAUAAGAUUUAAACCCUGAUGCAUGAUGGUUUCUGUCCCUGUGUCUGUGAUCUCUGCUUUCUUGGAUUCUGUAUUGUUAUUUGGGUCCGACUUGUGGUCCUGUACUAUAUCCCCGCACCCCUGUAUCCAUUAAUAGAUCGAAUACAAAUCGAAUAUCAAUGUCCGGUGCUCGACCGUAAACUAUGGCAAGCAAGGUAACCCGAGGGACAUAAAGCUCAUGAAUUACAAACCUUGAGAACAACCCCAACUACUGCGCAAAAUCUUCUCUCAUUCGCAAGAUCUGCAUCACCUCGUCUCGCCCAAGCUCGCAAUAGCCAACGGCAUCGGUCAUGACAUCUUCCCAAUCCGCGGUCCCCUUGGUGCCAAAAGUAGCGUCGACGACCUGCUCCCACCGCUCUCCUUCCGCGCCC